CGAAAGGAUAAUAAGCAAUAGUAUAAUGCAGCACUUCCAUGUUUCAGUGGUUGCACUUGCUUGCAGAUUCAGACCAACCCACCCCUAACAGUUUUUUAACGUCUUUAACAAUUCAAUUAAUUAUUAUUUUUAUUAUUUUUUCUUUUUUAUUUCUUUUUCCUUUAAUUCUAUUAUCAAAUUUACUCUCUUAUUCGCCAUGCCCGUUGUUAUUACACAUGAUCCUAUUUUGUUGAAUUCCGCUUUUGUCCCCACUCCCAUUUCACAGCAUCGCCCUGCAAUUUUUCCACCAUCGCAACGUUCUCCUCCUCGCAUUCUUCGCUUCUCUCCUCGCUCAGAUAUGGAUGCUGCUGCAAGUCAAGGUCUUUAUCCAUUGCACCGUUGUAAAACUCUUCACCUGGUUAGACAUGCACAAGGCUUUCACAAUGUAGAAGGAGACAAGAAUCCUGAUGCAUACUUGUCUUAUGAUCUUUUUGAUGCAAACCUAACCCCUCUUGGCUGGAGCCAGGUUGACAACCUGCGAAAGCAUGUUAAGACAAGCGAUGUUUCUAAAGGAAUUGAACUAGUCAUUGUUUCCCCCUUGUUAAGGACCAUGCAAACAGCAGUUGGGGUUUUUGGUGGUGAAGCAUACACUGAUGGGAUUACUGCGCCUCCUCUGAUGAAUGAUAAUGUUGGAGAUAGUGGUCGUCCUGCAAUUUCUAGUCUGAAUUGCCCACCAUUUAUAGCAGUAGAGCAGUGCCGAGAGCAUUUGGGAGUUCAUCCUUGUGAUAAGAGAAGAAGCAUCACUGAGUAUCGGAAUAUGUUUCCAGCUAUUGAUUUUUCACUGAUAGAAAGUGAUGAGGACAUUUUGUGGAAACCUGACAUUAGAGAGACGAAUGAAGAAGUUGUUGCCAGGGGACUGAAGUUUUUUGAAUGGUUGUGGAAGCGUAAAGAGAAAGAGAUAGCUGUUGUUUCUCACAGCGGUUUUCUGUUUCAUGCCCUAAGUUCUUUUGGAAAUGAUUGCCAUCCAACUAUAAAGAGUGAAAUCUGCACACACUAUGCUAAUUGCGAACUACGUUCUGUUGUUAUCAUUGAUAGAGGCAUGAUUGGCUCAGAUAAUGGGGAAGCGAAUUAACAGUUUCUCUACAUGGUUUCUUGCAAUAUCUGUUAGAUGAUGAUGAUACAUUCUUGGGUUAUAUGAUUAUUUUUUCCUUGAAUGGCUUUUUAGCCAUUUAUAGGUAAAGAUUCAUUCUGCAUUAAUAUUUUGACCCCCCAAAACAUACCAAACGGAGCUGGGUGCAAAAUUUUAGGAUAAAAAGAUUGUGUAAGCAACAAUUUCUCCAUUUUGUCACAAAUUUCUGUAUACAAAACGUCUAUCGUUUUCUUUUGCA